AUGGAUACCUUGCGAUCCUCGAUAGAUGACGCGCUCCUACCUGAUGCACUAGCCCAUGAAGCGACAACAGAUCCAGCGCUUCUUCAUCACGACGAACAACAACAGCAAGAAGUCAAUGCUCUAGAUUCAGAUCUCGGUCUUGAACACGUUCAAGCGCCCGUCGUUGGUGAUCGUUACGUCUCCCAUGAACAAGUGCGUCUCAUGCUGGACAAUUAUGCCAGACAUGAAGGUUUUGCCGUCUCUGUUCGAGCGAGCAAUAAGAUCAACUAUCGAUGGCAAUGUGUGCAUAGUGGACGUUAUCGCAGUACUAGAAAAGAUGCAUCACGGAAUGUGACACUGGUGCCUGAUCCUCAGAGCGAAGAAGGACUCGUUGCGCCUGGUGCGCAUAUCAUUCGCACAGCAGGCACAGGUCCUACGGGUCGAACACGACGACAAGGUACAAAACGCACGAAUUGUCCCUGGCUUGUUCGUGCCGGGAUGGAUAAUGAGAAUCUCUGGAAGAUUACAAAAGCCGUGUUGGAGCAUAAUCAUGUCUUGUCACCAGCAAACCCGGAUCUCUAUCAUCAAAAUCGAGAGCCCGAUCAAGCUCGUGGUAAGGCAGGACAAGCUUCUUCGAUACAUCAGGUAGAGACUCUCAUGCGGCAACCCUCGCCGACUCCCGGGCUACCGGCAGCAACUGGUGAUAACGAUCUCAAUGCGGAACAUGGCGCCUUUACAGGUAAUUAUGCGCUUGGCAUGCCAGGUUUGCCUGUGAAUCCAUUCCUGAGCGGCGACACUACAAUUCGAAGUGCUCACUAA